AUGUUCGCCCCAAGCCGCCCGAGCGUGGCGCCGGCCGCGCCGGCGCCCCAGACUCGAGGAGCGCGCCGAUGCCCAAAGGCAAAGGUGUCCUUGACAUGGACGAAUACCGUGCCGCCUUUGGCGCUUGCCGUUGCAUGCCGCUCGCACCGGAGCUCGAAGGUGAGCGUCAAGGAGGUCAAGCAGCAGGUGUCCAAAGGCCACUUGGCGCUGCUGGGCGCUGGGUUCCUGUGCUGGGCCAUGGCCGGGGUCUCCAACGAGGCCACGGGCCUCUUCCUGGGCCAGCUGGUGGAGGACUUCCAGGUGAGCCCUGCUCAGGCUAGCCUUGUGGUCACCAGCUUUACGUUGGGCAACGCUUUGGGCCUCGCCAUUUGCAGCCGCCUGGGCGACAAGCUGGGCCGCCGCUUUUUGGCCCGGCUCGGUUUGGUCAACGCCGUCUGCGCCGCUGGGAUGAUCCUUACGGCCGUCAGGUUCGACAUGCUGCUCCUGGCGCGCGCUUCUUUGGGUCUCUCCACUGGGCUUUUCUCCGUGACAGUGCCAGCGAUGAUGGCAGAGGGGCUGCCCACUGACAAGGUGGAGGCCUACCUUUCGAGUUACCCAAGCGGCUGGCCCUUGGGCGCACUAGUGGGAGUCCUCUUGGCCAGCGGCCCCUGGCGGUCUGUGCUGGGUCUUGGGCCUUUGCUGGUGGCAGCAGCGCUGCUGCCGCUGCUCUUGUGGCUGCCCGAGUCCCCACAGUACUUGCAUAUGAAGGGCCAGAAGGCUGCCGCCGCAGCGUCGCUGCGGAAGCUGGGCACGCACAAGGCCUUGGAGGGGCCCAAGGAGACCACGAACUCCGAGAGCCGAGUGUCCUUCCCCAGGAUGGCUGCCACCUUUAUGUGCCGCCAUGCGGCAUCCAUGCUGGUGAAGAUUUGGCUGCCGAUUUGGGUGGGCUCCACUUCCAAAGCCAUCGCAGCGAUGCUUGUGAUGUACGUGGUGGAGAUCUUUGGCAUCCUGGCCACCUCCCGUCUGGUGGCAGCCGACAGCAGCGACAGUACCUUGGUAAAGGGCGCGCGCAUCAGCAUGAUCGCAGGCUGUGCAGCGACCCUGGGCUGCCUGCUGUGCAAAGGCCACGUGGUAGCAGCUGGUCUGCUGGGUGCAGCGCAUUUGGUGGCGCAGGCCAACGCUUGCAACCUGCUGAUCGCCUACGCCACCUGCGCCACCAGCGCCGCACAGCGGGGGAAGAUGCUUGCGCGGCUGAACCUGCUCAGCUUUCUGAGCGGCAGCCUUGUUCCGUCCUUGGUGGGCCUCCUGGUUUCUGUCCAUGGCGGCGUCUUCCACAACGUGCACCGCAUGCUCCUAAUUGCUGCCGCGCUCUACGGCGUGGGUGCGUUCACCACACCCCGCAAGUGA